AUGGCGGCGGCGGGAGGCUCGGCUAGCUCGCUCGCUCGCUCCCUCGGCGCUCGGCCCGUCGGCGCCCGCGCCCGCGCCCGCUGCGGCCUCCACAGGAAGUGCCGGCGGCCGGCCUCGCUCCUCGUCCGCGGCUCCAGCGGCUGCCACCGGUGCGCCCCAGCGCCCAGUGGUGGGACAGGGAGGCCGGGAGUCUCCCCGCAAGACACAAUGGAAAAGUACCAGAUUUUGGACUGGCUGAAUCCUGGGGCCUUGGGGGUGAACCUUCUGGUAGAGGAGACAAAAACCAAAGUAAAGCACGUGAUAAAGCAGGUGGAGUGCAUUGAUGAGCAUCAGGCCAACGAGGCCCUGGAGGAGUUGAUGCCACUGCUGAAGCUUCAGCAUGCCCACGUCUCCAUCUACCAGGAGCUCUUCAUCAUGUGGAACAGUGAGAUCUCCUCUCUGUUCCUUUGCCUGGUGAUGGAGUUCCACGAGGGAAGCUUCCAGAAUGUCAUUGAGAAGAAGAGGGCGGCAAAGAGAGUCAUUGACUCCCAGUGGAUGCAGAACAUGCUGGGCCAGGUGUUGAAUGCGCUGGAGUUCCUGCACCAGCUGGACAUUAUCCACAGGAACCUCAAGCCCUCCAACAUUGCCCUGGUCAGCAGCGACCACUGCAAACUGCAGGACCUGAGCUCCAACGCACUCAUGACCGAUGUAGCCAAGUGGAACGUCCGUGCAGAGGAAGACCCCUCUCUCAAGUCCUGGAUGGCCCCCGAAGCCCUCAAGUUCUCCUUCAGCCAGAAAUCUGACAUCUGGUCCCUGGGCUGCAUCAUUCUCGACAUGGCCGGCUGCUCCUUCCUGGAUAGCACGGAAGCCAUGCUUCUGCGGAAGUCCAUCCGGAGUUCCCCCGACGGCCUGAGGGGUGUCCUGAGGACCAUGGAGGAGAGGAGGGUCCCCGACGCAGAAAUCUUCAGUUCCCUUUUGCCUCUGAUGCUCCAGGCCGACCCGUCGGAUCGAAUAACCAUCAGGGACGUGAUUCACUUGUUUGUGAGCAGCGACUUCAGGUCCUCCAGCAGUGCCCUGAUGCCGCACCGGCAGGUGGUGCCCGACUUCAUCAUCGACAGGCUGCUAGAAAGCAACGUCACCAGCAUCUUAGAGGUCAUGCAGAACUUCUCCAGCCACCCCGAAGACCAGCAGACGGCCCUGGAGAGGCUCCUGGGGAUGUCUGAAGACCAGCAAGGUGUGCCGUGGCCGGCGGAGCUGGCGGAGGUGUUGGCCGGCACCGUGAAGCAGCACGACAGGGUCCUUGACGCACAGCCGUGUGCCUGCUCCCUGCUGCUCCGCACCCGGGGCCAAGCUCAGGGUUCCCCGGCCUCUUCUGCUGGCCUGCGCAGCACUGGGGCAGGACCCAGCGGCCACGGCGCCGAGCGACAGCACCAUGGCCCCCGUGCCGCUGAGCGUGCGCGGAGCCACCCCAAGGAGCAGCAGCCCCUGGUCACGGUGCACCGCCCGCUCACCGUCGCCAGCCAGGGACUGGCCACAGACGAGCUGCGGAGGGCCGGGCUGUGCGAGUGCAUCCUGGAGCGCCUGGACGCCCUCCCCAGGAACAGGGACACCUGCUUGAACGGCCUGAGGCUGCUCUGGGCUCUGCUGGUGGACGCUGUCAUCGUGAACAAGGCCCCCUGGGAGAAAGCCCCGGCCCUCAUUGCUGAGGUGCUGGCCACCUACCCCACGGAUGCGGAGAUGGCUGAAGCCAGCUGUGCAGUCCUGUGGCUGCUGUCGUUGCUGGGUGAGCAGCCCGGGGCCCCGGGGCCGGAGAGGUGGCCCUGGGCCCUCGAGACGAGGCACGUGUGGCCCCCCGCAGGCUGCAUAGGCGAGCAGCAGUUGGAAGAGGUGGUGGUCCUAAUCUUGCAAAGCAUCCGGGCGUGCCAGGACCGAGCCCUGCUGGUGAACAAUGCCUGCCAGGCGCUGGCCAGCCUCGCGAAGAUGUCCGAGCUGGCGGCCCUGCAGGUGGUGAUGCCCGAGGAGGGCAGCAGCGGCCUCACCCUCAUCCAGGAGACGUACCAGCUCCACCAGGACGACCCGGAGGUGGUGGAGAGCAUCUGCAUGCUGCUGGCCCACCUCGCCUCCCACAAGGACAUCCUGUCAGAGCUGGUGUCCAGCGGCAUCCAGCCCCUGGUCGAGGAGAUCCACGGGCGCUUCACCUCCAGCCUGGAGCUGGUCUCUUAUGCACAAAGUGUGCUUCAGAAACUGGAAGAGGCCUCGCGGCCCAGCUCCGACGGGGGGCAGUAGACCUGUCGCAGGCAGCCGCCCGGGGAGGUCUGCCUCUCCCUCCUCAGGCUGUACCUGACAGGGCGCCCACUGCCACAGGGCGUCUCCUUAGGGGUGGGGGUCAGGGAGAGGUGUCACCCAGGACC